CCGCGCUUUUCAUCAUAACUGCUCCCUCUCUCUCUCACUCUCUCCUGCAUUUUCCUCCCUUGUUUCAUACAGAUACAGUAUUCAAGCAAACCUCAUACUCCACUCUACCACCGCCUGUUUUCAUGUUUCUGCUUUAGCAUUCAAUGGCGAAUCUCUACGAUGACAAUUACCACUACUCUCCUCAUGAACCGGAUGACAUUUCUCUUUUCCUCCACCAAAUCCUGCUCCGAUCUAAUUCUCCACCCUCGCAUUCUCACCAAUCUCAUCCCCUUCCAACCUCUGCGCCAGAACAGCAACUAGUUAGCCAGAUCUCCGCCCUCAACUCCUGCGGCCUCGCCAAUGUGUCGCCGGAUGAUUGCGACUAUGAGAGCGAGGAAGCUGCGGCGGAGAAGCCGCGGUGCUCUACGAAGAGGACUAGGGCUGCGGAGGUGCAUAAUCUCUCUGAAAAGAGGAGGAGGAGCAGGAUUAAUGAGAAAAUGAAGGCGUUGCAAAAUCUAAUUCCGAAUUCAAACAAGACUGAUAAGGCGUCGAUGCUCGACGAAGUUAUCGAGUAUCUCAAGCAGCUCCAGCUCCAAGUACAGAUGUUAACAAUGAGAAACGGGUUAAGCCUUUAUCCUAUUUGCCUGCCGGGCAUGCUGCAGUCGGAUCAGGUUUCUCAAAUGCAGGCGGAUGUCUAUGACACAAAUAAAAACUCAGAUGUAAAUAUGAUGAAACAAGUUAUCCUGGACCAGAACAUCUUAGGUGAUUCGCCUCUCAGGCUACCAGAAAAUUUUGUUAAGCAGGAGCGCUUGUCCGAUUUCUCAACUAUGCUCAGUUCAAAAACUUCAAUGGAGGUCGAAUCAAUCAUGCAGCAGCAGGGAGCAUUUCAACUCUCCAGAUCAUUUCAAAAGAGUGAGAAGGUGUUGCUGCGUCAGCCUUUGACGGAGGAGUGCCCUCAAACUAGCUCUACUGGACCAAAAGCGGGAUCUUCAAUCGAAUUGGACACUCGGUUAUCCGAUUUGAAGGCAAAUAUUUUGGAAGGAUGUGACAUUCUUACAAGCUAUGUUAAUGACCCAGUCUUCUCAGCUCAUGACAAGUAGAAUGUCUGGUAUAUUGCAGCCACUGUUAAUUAGAAAUAGAAAGUUAGCUAGCUUCUGAUACUGGUGUUUUUUUUGUAUGGCUACCUUUUAGCAUGUAUGUGAUGGAUGCUAAAGCUAUUUUUUAUUGAGAAGCCUAGAUAUAUUUAUUUUAUGGUAUGAGUAAUUAAGAUAUCAA